GUCAGUAGUUUGUAGGUGGGGUUAGUUUCCAGGAAGUUAGUCGCGUGAUAACAGGCUCAGCAUUAGAGCACAUAUUAUUCUUCAGACCCGCUUUAACUGUAUUUGUUGCUCACUUAGCUAACGGUCGAACCAGGCGUUUAACUGCUUGCACUAUGGGGGAGGAAGAAGAGAAGUAUGACGGCAUGUUGCUCGUUAUGGCCCAGCAACACGAAGGAGGCGUACAGGAGCUAGUGAACACGUUUUUCAGUUUCCUCCGGCGCAAGACGGAUUUCUUCCUCGGCGGAGAUCCAGGAGCUGCAGAGAAGCUGGUUAGAGAGGCCUUCGAUCAUCACAGCAAGCUGGCGCUGAAGGCCCACAAAGACAAGCAGCUGAAACAGGAGAAGGAAAAGAAGGAGAAAGCAGAACGGGCUGCCAAGCUCGCCAAGGAGGAGGAGGAGAGGAAAAAGAAGGACAACAACGGACCCCGAAUCCAGGAGCUGACGGACGAAGAGGCCGAGAAGCUGCAGUCUGAGCUUGACAAGAAGAAGGAAGAGGAGAAAACGAAGAAGGAAACGGCAAAUGAAGAGAAGGCGUCUGAAAAAGGAGACAAAGGGUCUGACUCAGAGGCAGAGGAGGACGAGAAGGACAAAGAUAAACUGAAGCCUAAUUCAGGCAACGGAGCUGACCUUCCUAACUACAAGUGGACCCAAACGCUGUCAGAGAUCGACAUCGCCGUGCCUUUUGAUGUGAAGUUUCGCAUCAAGGGCAGAGAUGUGGUGGUGGACAUCCAGCGUCGCUCCAUCAAGGUCGGUCUGAAAGGCCACCCUCCCGUCCUAGAAGGUCAGCUUUACAACGAGAUAAAGGUAGAGGAGAGUUCCUGGCUCCUGGACGACGGCAAAGUGGUCACUGUCCACCUGGAGAAGAUUAAUAAAAUGGAGUGGUGGAGCAAGGUUGUUACCACAGAUCCAGAAAUUAACACCAAGAAAAUCUGCCCCGAGAACUCGAAGCUGUCAGACCUGGACGGAGAGACGCGUGGAAUGGUGGAGAAGAUGAUGUACGACCAACGGCAGAAGUCUAUGGGCCUGCCGACGUCUGAAGAGCAGAAGAAACAAGACAUUCUUAAGAAGUUCAUGGCUCAGCACCCAGAGAUGGAUUUCUCUAAAGCCAAAUUCAGCUGAGAGUUGCUCCUGGCCUUCUAGUCUACACUCUGUUUCCUGUUAAAUCCUGCCAGAGCCAUCGUCAGGCACUAAACCAUCAUUUCUUUCAUGGAUACGGUUCCUUUGACUCCCAUGUCUUAAAUGCUUAGGUUCGUGUUUGUUUGCUGGAGAGUCUGUUUGAUAAAUGCGAGCACAGCAUUUUCUCUCUGCAUGUGGUGUCUGAUAUGUAAACACAUCUGGAUUUUUUUUAAUAAAAGGAUUUAAACUCAA